AAGAGCCAGAGUGCAUAGUAGAGAGGAGGAGAGCAAUGGCCGGCGGUGAGGCAGCGACCAUGGAGGUCCCCACGGAUGCCGAGCUGCUGCAGGCACAGGCGGACCUGUGGCGCCACAGCCUCUACUACCUCACGUCCAUGGGGCUCCGCUGCGCCAUCAAGCUCGGCAUCCCGACGGCCAUCCACCGCCUCGGCGGGGUCACCUCGCUGCCGGACUUGAUGGCCGCGCUGUCGCUUCCGGCGAGCAAGCAGCCAUUCCUCGGCCGCCUAAUGCGUGUGCUGGUCACGUCGGGUGUCUUUGCAGCCGGCGGCAACGGCUCCGAGUCCGGGUCCGAGGCGGGGGAGCUCUUCAGCCUCAACCCACUGUCGCGCAUCCUGGUGGACGGCGUGGUCGGCCACGACGAGCACCACAGCCAGACGUCCUUCGUGCUCGCCGCGACGUCGCCCUUCUACACGGAGGCCGCGCUGGGGCUGGCCGACUGGUUCAGGAAGGACGUCACGGGGCCGGCGGUGCCGUCGCCGUUCGAGGACGUGCAUGGCGCGUCGCUCUUCGACGAGAGCACGGCGCUCCUGGACAAGGAGCUCGACGAGCUGGUCACCGAGGGGCUGGCGGCCCAUGACAACCUUGGCAUCGGCACGAUCAUGCGGGAGUGCCAUGACCUCUUCAAGGGGCUCGAGUCUCUCACCGACUGCUGCGGUGGCGACGGGACGACGGCAAGGGCCAUCACCAAGGCACAUCCGCAUGUCAAGUGCACCGUGCUGGACCUUCCCAAGGUGAUAGACAAAGCUCCAUCUGACGGUAUCGUCAACUGUGUCGCUGGUGACUUGUUCCACUCCGUCCCCAAGUCUCAGGCGGUGAUGCUCAAGCUUGUGCUGCACCACUGGAGUGACGAGGACUGUGUCAAGAUCUUGUCUCAAUGUAGGGAUGCCAUUCCUUCACAUGAGGAGGGAGGAAAGGUGAUCAUUAUAGAUAUUGUGGUGGGGCCUUCAUUAGGGCCAGUAAUGUUUGAGGCCCAGCUUUUGAUGGACAUGCUCAUGCUUGUGAACACAAGAGGCCGUCAGCGUACUGAGAAUGACUGGCAUGAGCUCUUCAUGAAAGCAGGGUUCAGUGACUAUAAGAUUGUCAAGAAACUCGGAGCACGGGGCGUCUUCGAGGUCUAUAAGUGAAGUGUUUCACAGAAAAAAAGCAAGGUCUAUCCAUGAAGGGAAUGCUCUAUGCUCUAAGUACCCUUGCAGUGUGGUUUAUUUAUGUGUGCUUAGAAUGAAUAAAAAGAGUGCCUUAUACCCAA